GACGACAACCAAGUUAGGGACGUGAUUCGGGUCCGUACGGUCACUGGACCGAGUUUCUUUCGGUUGUAGGCGGCCGUUUCUCCGCGCUGCUGGUGGAAACACGGUUUGCAUUCCUCCACGCAGAGAGCCAGAGAGGGAGAGUAGCCGAGGCUGCAAGCGGCCUCCUCACCCGCACAGGCUCCUCAUACACGUCCUGUCUGAUGUGUUGGCUCUACCGGAGACUUACCGGAGACUCCCCGUGUUAGUUUCGGACGGUCUCGAGCUCGUUAUGAGAUUAUUGCUUUGAUGAGUAAUUCACGGUCUCAAGGUCCGAGGCUCGCGCUGCGACUACCAACCGACCGCUGGCUGCGCCCGACGCCGCCUGAAUGGGCCCCGAUGGUGGACUAGAGAGAGAAGCCACAACGACGACACGGACCUAAACCGGACAGCAGAACAGAAAGCCACAGUGUGAAUUCUCCGGGGCUGGUCUGGGUGGUGUUCAGGAGCGCAGAGCCCGGUAGUCAUGUUGUCGAGUCGGUGGGGGAGGAGAAACGGAGCCCCCUGUACUACGACGUCGAUCCAGUGUCACUCCAGUUUCAGGUUUAUUUUAUGAGCCUCAACCAAGCACCACUUUCUCUCGCCCGUUGUCAUCUUGCUGGUUUUGUUUUGAAAGAGUGACGCGGAUGCUUCACCCCAAAACGCCUUACACAACAACAAGUAUUUCUUUUGUUACCUCAUAAACUAUCGUUGAAGAACUGUGUGAAGAACUGACUACCUCCUUGUGUUUGCAUCAGGUCAGAGUUAUAUAAUACAGAAGCCGAUGAGCACCGUUUUCACUGUUGAACUGACUUGAAUACCUCAUGAAUCUACCUCAAAUUUAUUUUCUACACAACACAACGGGCCCAUGUGUCCCCAAAUAAAUACCUCAGCUCCAUCUGUUUUAAACUGAGCCCCUGUAACGCCGCUGCUGCAGAUGGCUUCGUUUCCAGACUCGGACCUGCAGACCUGCCCGCUCUGCAAGGAGCUGUGCGGCUCCUCUGCUCCUAUUUCCUCCAGCUCUUCCACCUCCUCAUCUUCUUCUCAUACCUCGUCCUCCUCCAGCCAGACCACCAGGAGGCUCCAUGUCCUGCCCUGCCUUCACGCUUUCUGCAGGCAGUGCCUGGAGGGCCAGCGCAGUCCUGGGGACCCGCUCAAGCUGCGGUGCCCCACCUGUGACCAGAAGGUGUGCAUCUCAGAGGCCGGAGUGGACUCCCUGCCUUCCUCAAACUUCCUCUUCAGCAACCUGCUGGACGUGGUGGUGAGCUCUGAGGAGCAGAUUCAGAACAAGAACGGUCACCACCACCGGGGAGGCUUAGGCGGAGGCUCCUCCGGCUUCCAUCACCCCCAUGGAGGCCUGCUGCACCCCAACCUGGGAGAGCCUCAGUGCAGCUCUUGCGACGAGGAGAACCCUGCCACCUCCCACUGCCUUGACUGCCAGGAGUACCUGUGUGACAACUGUGUGCGGGCACACCAGAGGGUUCGGCUGACCAAGGACCACUUCAUUGAGCGCCUGGGAGAGAACGUCCACCUGGGCCGUAUCAAUGUUAACAGCAACCCGGGCCAGCCAGGGGUGUCGGUGUCGCUCGCCCAGUCCCUGCAGAACAACUUCGCCCUGCUGUCCCUGUUCCAGGACCACAUGAGCUUCUGCCAGCACCAUGACAAUGAGGUAUUUCUCUUCUUCUGUGAAUCUUGUUCGGUGCCUAUCUGUAGGGAGUGCAGCGUGGGCCGUCAUAUCGGCCACACCUUCGUUUAUCUACAAGACGCUGUGCAGGACUGCAGGGCCAUCACCAUCCAGCUGCUGGCAGAUGCGCAGCAGGGACGUCAGGCUGUGCAGCUGAGCAUGGAGAAGGUCCAGGCCAUGGCAGAGCAGGUGGAAAUCAAAGCCAAAGUGGUGCAGACUGAAGUGAAGGCCCUGGUGCUCAGACACAAGAAAGCGCUGGAGGAGAGGGAGUGUGAACUGCUGUGGAAGGUUGAGAAGAUCCGUCAGGUGAAGGCCAAGUCUCUGUACCUGCAGGUGGAGAAACUGCACCAGAGUCUGACCAAGUUGGACAGCACUAUUGCUGCCGUCAGCCAGGUGCUGGACGAGGGCCGUCACCUCGACGUGCUGCUGGCCAGAGAGCGAAUGCUCACCCAGAUCCAUGAACUGAAGGCUCUGCGGGGCCUGCUACAGGCCCAGGAGGACGACCGCUUCAUGUUCACUCCUCCAGACCAGGCUCUGUACAUAGCCAUCAGGUCCAUGGGACUGAUCAGCAGCGGAGCCUUUGCCCCAGUCACCAAAGCUCACGGCGAGGGCCUCAAAGGUGCGCUUCGUGGGAAGCCCGCCUCCUUCACUGUGAUUGGAUACGACCAUGAUGGCGAGCCACGUCUCUCUGGCGGGGACACGGUGUCUGCGAUAGUCAUGUCUGUCGCAGAUGGCACCCUGUCUUCUGCAGAGGUAACGGACCACCAGAACGGCUCAUACACCGUCGGCUACCUGCCCAAAUGUGAAGGGGAGCACCUGAUGUCGGUGCUGGUGUGUAACCAGCACAUCCAGGGCAGCCCCUUCAAGGUGAUGGUCAAGUCAGGGCGGAGCUACGGCUCCCUGGGCUCCCAAGUGUCGUCCUUCGGCUGUGAGGGGGAAGGAGACGGUCAGCUGUGUCGUCCCUGGGGCAUCAGCGUGGACAAGGAGGGAUACGUGGUGGUGGCCGAUCGCAGCAACAACCGCAUACAGAUAUUCAAGCCUUGCGGUGCCUUUCACCAUAAGUUUGGCUCUCUGGGUUCUCGGCCGGGACAGUUUGAUCGUCCAGCGGGGGUCGCAUGUGACAGUCAGAGACGAAUCAUUGUGGCUGAUAAGGACAAUCACCGUGUGCAGGUGUUUACUUUCGAGGGCCAGUUCCUGCUGAAGUUUGGGGAGAAGGGUACAAAGAACGGGCAGUUCAACUACCCCUGGGAUGUGGCUGUCAACUCUGAGGGUAAGAUCCUGGUCUCGGACACCAGGAAUCACCGCGUACAGCUCUUCGCCCCUGACGGCUCUUUCCUCAACAAGUACGGCUUUGAGGGGGCCCUGUGGAAACACUUUGACUCUCCCAGAGGAGUGGCCUUUAACCACGAAGACCACCUGGUGGUGACCGACUUCAACAACCACAGGCUCCUGGUCAUCCGGCCUGACUGCCAGUCUGCUCGCUUCCUGGGCUCCGAGGGCACCGGGAACGGGCAGUUUCUGCGGCCCCAGGGCGUUGCUGUGGACCAGGAGAACCGCAUCAUCGUGGCUGACUCCCGCAACCACCGAGUCCAAGUGUUUGAGCCCAAUGGAAACUUCUUAUGCAAAUUCGGCACCCAGGGGAGCGGCUUUGGACAGAUGGAUCGCCCCUCAGGUGUGGCUGUGACGCCUGACGGAGUCAUUGUGGUCGUUGACUUUGGAAAUAAUCGCAUCCUCAAAUUCUAAAAGAAAAGUUUAUUUUUUGCAUUCUCUCCCUCUGUUUGGCCUUUUGCAGUUUUCUUGAUGAAGGAAAUGGAGGCGAGAGAAUGAAUCAACAGACACAAUAGGAGGCGAGCUCAGAGAGGACUGAGAACACGCUGAAGUGAAGGGAAAUUAAAACAAUAGAUUUGUUUUCAUAUCCAUUGAUACCUUCCCAAUCAGAUCUCUGUGGUGUGUAUGACAAAGGGGACCUCUACAAAUUGAUAAUCAGUAGAACAAGAGCCAUGUUUCCCUUCCUCGGCCUCAGCUGCUCUGAGUUCUCUCUGCGAGCUCUCCUUACGUAUCCAUCUCAGGGAUUUUUUCACUUUUUAUCCUCUGCUCCAUACCUACCUCAUUUAGCUCUUUAUGAAUGUACUCAUAGUCACCGAGCAGAGGUUUUAGUCCGUGAAGUUUUACAAAGAAGAAAAAGUCUACCUCUAUACUUUGUUAUUUAAGAGAGACAAAAAAUAGACUGUUCAGUUGAUAUUUGCACAGGAUUAAAGGAAUACUUGCUGUGCAUUUUGAAAUAUGAGUUAAGGUGAACCUCCUGAAUGUUGUUGCUGAGACAAUACUCAGACCGCUGUAGAGGCUGCAUGAUUUAUUCUCAUUAGAGGGCUUUGCUCGGAGAGGAGGGGAGACUAGGGUACAGUAGUGUCCUUUUCAUGUUUUUAGGCUAGUUAGUUUUUUGGCUUAUGUAUCGACCCUUUUCUCUUUGUGGCUCUGUGGAGUUUAUAGUUUCAUGAAGAGUGUGCGAAGCGAUGCCAAACUAGAUAGAAUCAGCUGCAGAAUCAGAAGUUAGCUCAGGUCGCGCUAGGACUGAUUAAAAUAAUCAGUACUUUGCAGGCUCUCCCUCUAGCUUUACUAGCUAAUUUGAUGAAUUUAUUGAAAAAUAAAAAAUACAAAGUUUAGAAAAUCAUCUGACAAAUGAUCCCCGAAAUAAGCCCUGUAAUAAAAUAAUCCAAAGUGUUUAAUUAUCCAUCCCCGCCCCCAAUCGUGUCUCAUGAGACUGGAUGACAAAAUGAGACAGCCUGUGUCCUUCCUGUCCAGUCCAGUUGCAUGAACAACUAAGAUGCAAAGUUAAGUAUGCAAGGAGAGCAGCGCUGCCUCCACAGGGAGGACCCACCAAAGGAGUUUGGUGACAAAUUUUUAAAGAUCUGGUUCUAUUGGCGAUCUUAUCGUACAGAUUUAAUCAUUUAAUUGAAUGACACCUUUUUGAUGAGGUAUGCUGUGUGACAAAAGCCUCACAAGUAGACACCUAAUUUGGCUGUCCAGAGGACAGUAAUGACAUCAAAUGAAAGGCCUAACAUUACAAUCCUUUGGAUUUGUGGUUGAAAGCCACGCCCCCUGGCUCAUGGGCCUAGGAUCACAAAGCCCUGCCCUAUUUAUUGAUACUUGGAGUUGAGGAGACAUCUCCAGAAUGAGCGCUAGUAGACCAAUUCCUCUAAAGACGGAGGUCUAUAGACCAACUACUGGAGUCUACCAAAGUUAGAAUUUCUGCACAAUGGCCAACUGUAGAUUAAAGAAACUAAAAAUCCCCUUUAAAGACAUUUUCUUUGCAUAAUCAUUGUUGCUUGGAAGCCUAAGAUUCAUCGAAGGCAUGGAGUUGAGUUCAGAGCACUGUCCAUGUUAGGCUGAAGAAGAAGUCAGUACGUUUACAUGAGAGAAAAAGUCAAGUUAUUGUGUUAAUCUGACUAAAACUCGACUUUUAAAUUACAUCGUACUAAAAUAAAUUGUUCUAAGAGGAUUUCUUAAAGUUGGACUAACACACUUAGAUAAAGCGAUUUGGGGUGGAUUUGAUUUCAUAUAUUUGCCUCAACAGACCUGAACUGGCCUUUGCGUUUUGCGUAUGCUCCAUAGUCCCUGUGCCAGGAAGGUACAAAGUAAAGUGUAAAGUACAUAAUGUUCAACGCUGAAAAGUCAUCCAUGUUUUUACCAUUUGACAUGAAACCUGUUUGCCGCUUGCAAGCUUGUUGGUUAUGUGAUGUAAUAGGACAACUGGAAGAACGUCCAAUAGCAAGUAGCUCGGACAUACUUCCGUCAAUAAAUGGAUUCUCCCCCGCUGCUUGUAUACUGAGACAAGGACAGUAGUCCCAUUUAUGGCCUGAUUGAGCUUUAACCGUAGCUCCACUUAACUGCGCAUGUAAACGUACUGACUGUGCCUGCUUAGACUUUUUGUGCAUGAGUACUUCCACAUCCUGCUUGGACUUGCUGCUGGAAAGUUGUGUAGAGAACAGAAGAUACCCGCACCAAAGAGACCCCCUCUCUCCCCCUGGCAUUUAUCGCUUCAGCCCAGUUUGAUUAUAUUAGAAGGCCCCUUCUUUCCUUUUCUUAUUACCAUAGAAACUAUUAGCUACUAACCCUUUGUGGUGGAAGCAUUGUGGGGUUUUGAAUCCCCUUGCCCUUUUUUUAAAUCUGUGUCCCACUGGAAGCACUAGACAAUUACGGUUCCGUUAGCUACCUUCUGUAGCCUGACAGAAUCUUGGGACCUAUGGAAAGAUUGUCCGGCCGGCUCUCGCCUCUGAGGAGAGGGCCCAUCUGCACAUGGUCAGGAUCUUCAUCCUCAUAUCUCAGAUAUCGUGUACCUCCUUCUCUCAUAUACCUCGACUCCUGAAUACCUCAAGUGUGGUCACUCAUAGCUUCUGUGCAUUGAAACGUUUAAAUACCUCAACGUGUUACACAUCCUGAGUACCUCGUGAUUUUAAUGAAGCAUACCUCGUCAGAUAUUUAUGCAUGACAAAUAUACCUCAUUCUUUGAAUCUUCUUGUGUUACAGUACAUGUCCCACAGCUCUAGGACCAAAGAUCAUGGUACCAUCUCCAGGUGGAAUAAAAUUGGUGUUCUAGGCAUGGCUCCAUCUGGCAGCCCUGAACAGCUCCUGGUUUGUUGAAUCUACUGUAAAAAUGCCUGAUCAACUUUGCCUUUUAUCAUCAAGAAACCAAAUAUUUCAGAUGAAAGCAUUGUGCCAAAAUGAUCUGUGAGAGUUCUGUGCCAAAAGGGGUUGGCACUGGGACCAUGCUGUUGAAGACGACAAAUGUCACUGGACCAUUAUAUCAUAGAAAUGUUGAAUCAGAGUGCCCGAGGAUAAAUCCUCUCUCUCUGAUUGGAUGCACUUAAGAGGGCUGGGCCCAAUUAUUCUUUACCUCAUGAUGAUGAUGAACAGGCAGAUUCCAUGUGUACUUUAAUACUGUGUGCAAGGGGUGAGGGGAAGAGGAGGUGGCCUCUUUGAAAGAGUUUAGAAGUUCACAAAUCAGCCUUUUAACGCACAAGCAUGAUCUCCGAUUGACCAAUAUUUCAGCGCAGAUUUUAGGAAGGUUGAUGUUGGUUUUGGAGGACAUGGAGACAAGUCUAAACUCACUUUAACCCUUUGAAACCUGGAGUGACAUCACUUUUCUUGUGUUAAAGAAUUUAAACCUUUUAAC